AUGGCUCCCGGAGAAAAUGAAAGGGAGGCGGGGCCCGCCAAGAGUGCCCUCCGGAAGGUACGAACAGCAACCCUGGUUAUCAACUUGGCUCGCGGUUGGCAGCAGUGGGCAAAUGAGAACAGCACCAGGCAGGCCCAGGAGCCUGCAGGCUGGCUACCUGGAGCGACCAAUGACCCACCGCACACUCCUAAGCCAGUGGCAUGCCCCAGUCCCCACCAGCAUGCCCCCGAACCUCCAUUUCCAAAGCCAGAUGUACAUGGACGUGGACAACCCUCAGAGGACGCCUCCGAGGUCUCCCACAUCAAGAGGAAAGAGGUGACCAAAACAGUUGUCAGCAAGGCUUAUGAGAGAGGAGGAGAUGUGAACUACCUGAGCCACAAGUAUGAGAACGACGGGGGUCCGUCUGAAGCUGUUCAGCCGGAGAGCGACAUUGACAGACUUCUCAGCCGUGACUCGCCAACGCGGAGAAGAAAAUGCACUAAUCUGGUGUCCGAGCUGACCCAAGGCUGGAAAGUGAUGGAACAGGACGAGCCCACGUGGAAGAGUGACAGCAUAGACACGGAGGACAGUGGCUACGGAGGGGACAUGGAGGAGAGACCCGAACAGGAGGCGGUGCCAGUGACUGCUGCCAGGAUCAAGCGCCCCUUGCCCUCCCAGGCGAACAGAUACACAGAGACACUCAACUGUAAGGCCCACCGGAAAAACAGCCAAGUGGACAGCCUGAAAGGGAGGUGGCAGCAGUGGGCCGAUGAACACAUACAGUCGCAGAAGCUCAAUCCCUUCAGUGAGGAGUUUGACUAUGACCUGGCCAUGUCCACUCGGCUUCACAAGGGAGACGAGGGCUACGGCCGUCCCAAGGAGGGGAGCAAGACAGCAGAGAGGGCCAAGCGCGCCGAGGAACACAUCUAUCGGGAAAUCAUGGAGUUGUGCUUCGUUAUCCGCACCAUGGCUCGCCACAGACGCGAUGGCAAGGUCCAGGUGACCUUCGGAGAACUCUUUGAUAGAUAUGUUCGCAUUUCAGAUAAAGUGGUGGGCAUCCUCAUGCGUGCCCGGAAACACAGACUGGUGCACUUUGAAGGGGAGAUGCUAUGGCAAGGCAGAGACGACCACGUUCUGAUUACUCUCCUUGAGUAAGUUCUCAGGGAAAUCAACUUAGUGAAAUAAUGUAGUAAUAGUAAGAACAAAGGCAAGCUGUGCUGGAAUGUUGUUAUCAAUAUUAAAUGAUUUUUUUACAAAUGGCUUUUGGUACUAUUUCUGAGGUUACGACA